AUGCAUCCGAUUCAAAAACCGACGGCUGCCUUUCAAAUUAUACACAUGGAUAUAACAGGCAAAAUGGGAACAUCUGACGACCGACAUACGUUGGCCGCCUUAAAACGUACGGUUUACCUAUUUGGUACUCCAGUGCAAGUAGUGGUCGACGGUGGAAGAGAGUUUUUAGGUGAAUUUAAAACUUACUGCGACCGGGUAGGAAUAGAUAUCCACGCUAUAGCACCAGGAGUCAGCCGAGGAAAUGGGCAAGUAGAACGUGUUGUAGCCACACUAAAAAAUACUCUAAUCAUGAUCAAGAACUAUGAAACAGAAGAGUGGCACACAACGCUUGAAGAACUUCAGCUGGCACUAAACUGCACUUCUCAUCGUGUGACGGGAGUGGCUCCACUUACUUUACUCACCCAGCGAAGACAUUGUGUUCCUUCAGACUUGCUCACUCUUAUGUCACAUAAUGCAGAACAAGACGGUAAACGCUUCAAUUCAAGAAAAGCAAGGAUCCGUCAGUUCCAACGAGGUUCAGGGCGUCCAAGAAAAGUUGCACAUGAUCAACUCCGUCGGGCACCUCAACCUGGAGACCAGAUAACCGUAUCGGCGGAAGAAGACAACUCUCCAGCAUCAGCCAACGAGCCUAUACCAUCUACUUCGCGAGCCAAUAUUGUCGAACAACAAACUCAUGAGUCAUGA